UUUCAGCAAAUUCCCACUUACAAAAUGGACACACUAUUAUGGUACGCAAUUGCCGAACUCCUACUUUCUAUUCACAUUUCCUUCUCAAAUUUGCUUGUUUUAUGGGUUUAUGUCAGGUCAAAACAUGUUCGGACGGUUACAAAUACGUAUAUAUUCUCAUUAGCGCUCACGGAUUUUCUAGCAGGAGCUCUAGGCAUCCCGCUAACAGUUGUCUCCGUGAUGACUCGAAAACCACGCACAUUCUACGGGUGCCUCUUUGUGCAUUUAAUUUUGUGCAUUUUGUGCACAAUAUCCACAUUUCACAUGUUGGCAAUCGCCAUCGACAAGUAUGUGACAAUUUGUUGCCGGGAUCGAAUAUUUUCGUCGAGAAGAAAACGAGCCAUCUUCCUGCUGACAACAUCUUGGAUUUUAGGCCUUUUGGUUGCAAUUUUGCCACUUUUCAAUGUAUUUGGGUUUGCUGAAACGCAAUCUCUUUUUAUCGAAAAUGGAGAAAUGUGCCACUUCACAAUGGUCGUCGACUAUCGCUAUCUAGUCUACGUGAUCUUCUUCUCGACAAUCUUAGCGCCAACCGCUAUUAUAGUAUUACUGUACUCAAGUAUAUACAGUAGAAUCCGGACGGAAGAGAAGCAGGUCAAGUGCCUGCUGCGGCAAUCAGAGAGAGAACGUCGGAUGGCGGGAAGGCGGAAGUUGAUUCGAAUUUUAUUGAUUUUAGUUGUGUCCUAUGGGAUUUGUUGGUACCCCUUGUACAUUAUCAACACGAUUGACUACUUUUGGCCGGAAUUUUCAAUCAAUAGCCUCACUUUAUGGACCGUUAUCAUGUCACACAUGUCUUGCGCGCUGAAUCCGCUGAUCUACGCAUACGGUAUGCCGGGAUUCAAGAAGGCUCUCCGAGCAUUCUUCAACAUUCAAACUGAUAACAACACCUGUGCAAACUACUCGUGUUAUAUGAGAUCAACCGCAAACCAAAAGCAGCGGAGCAUCAGCGUGCGUGGCAUGCCAUACGAAACCUCGCUUGCCGCAAUUCGGAAAAUUUCCGCUCCAACUCCGACGAUGCUCGACAGACAUCGAUCCCGACGACGCCAGACGGUUGAUCAUAUUGAUUUGUGAUUCGAUUUAUACACUCUAAUCCCAAUAGUUCUUUCAUUUAUUUCGAUUUAUGUAGAUACUCAUUUUCUCGGCUUUUCUCAAUUUUUCUACCGGUCCGAAAUUUUGCAUCUCAAUUUUUUGUGUGAAACUGAUCUUAAUAAUUUAUAAUUUAUAACUCAACGCAUUCCAAAAUAAAUGUUCUAUAAGUAC